AUGGUAAAAACCAAAGCCUUAGCACGAAGCUUUUGCUACUGGAAAGGUUUGGACAAAGAUAUAGAAGAUAACAUUUCAAAAUGCAGACAGUGCAGGGAAAAACAAAAUUUACCGAAGAAAGAAAUUAACCAUCCCUGGGAGCCAGCAAGUGAACCAUGGGAGCGGGUCCACAUAGAUUUUGCUGGGCCGACCAACGGAAAUUACUUUCUGUUGGUAGUAGACGCAUUCAGCAAGUGGGUUGAAGUCAUACCUACGAAGAGUAUUACAUCUUCAUGGACAAUCAGAGAGCUGCGUAAAAUAUUCACCACCUUUGGACUACCAAGUGUUAUAGUCUCUGAUAAUGGUCGUCAGUUCACCUCUUCUGAAUUUAGUAACUUUUUGAAGAAAUGUGGAACUUUGCACAAAAUGACAGCUCCUUACCAUCCUUCUUCGAACGGCCAAGUCGAACGCUUCGUACAAACGAUAAAGAAACUUAUCAACUGCAUGUCAGAUGAACCUGGUACACUGGAAGAAAAGCUUCACCAACUGCUGAUGAAACUACGUCAAGCUCCGAAUUCAACUGGUAACAGCUCAUACUUCUUGAUGUUCAAUAGAAGGAUCCGAACAUACUUAAGUUUACUCUUGCCUAAGACAAAGGAAGAAACAAAACAACCCAAAGGAAUAGUGAGAUAUUUCAAACCAGGCGAACGAGUACAAGUACGGAACUAUUCCGGCAAAUGUAAAUGGGGUUACGGAAAUGUCCAAAGUAGAGACGGUCAUGUUCACUAUUUUAUCAAGAUGGACGAUGGACAAAUUUGGAGACGCCACAUUGAUCAAAUGUUGCGUACGAAAGUUUAA